UGAUGUGGUCUCAAACGCCUCUGGGCAUUUCCUCUACAUUUACUUUCAUUUCCUAUCAUCGUGGCGCAGACGAUUCUCUCUGUUUAAACCUCCAUCUGAAGAUGAAGGUGUGACGUGUGCGUGUGAGCUGAUGUGACUUCAGCAGCAUGGAUCAGUGUGAGGACAGAGAGGAGGGAGUCCUUCCCUCUAAAUCGAGUCUGUGUGGAGAACAUGAGACCCACAGCAAAGUUCAGAGGAGAAGGCCUGGACCAGAACUUGGAACAGAACACAGUCUGGUGUCCUGUAAGAGCGACCAGUCAAAGGAACCUCCUCUGCAGUUCAACCUUGUUUUCCCAUCUUCCACGGACACUGGAGUGGACCAGCAGAGCUCCGAGGUUCCCAGUGGUCAGUCUGCCCAGCAGCAUCAAACACAGCUGGACUCCAUCUUUAUGCUGCUGGAGGACAACAUCCUCACUUUUGUGAAGAACGAGCUGAAGAAGAUCCACAAGCUUCUGAGUCCAGAUGACCCAGAAUGCUUAGAGAGGCUGAGGGAGGAUGAGGAGGUGUUAGAGGGUGAGGAUGAAGAGCAGAGGAGGAGCAGCAGAGAAGCGUUUGUGAAGAUCACAGUUUCCUUCCUGAGGAGGAUGAAGCAGGAGGAGCUGGCUGAGCGUCUGCAGAGAAAACCUUUGAGUCAAGUUUGUCAACAUCGACUUAAAUCUGUUCUGAAGAAGAAGUUCCAGUGUGUGUUUGAGGGAAUCGCUGCAGCAGGAAACCCAACCCUUCUGAAUCAGAUCUACACAGAGCUCUACAUCACAGAGGGAGGGACUGGAGAGGUCAAUGAUGAACAUGAGGUCAGACAGAUCGAAACAGCAUCCAGGAAAGCAGCCAGACCAGAAACAACAAUCAGACAAGAAGACAUCUUUAAACUCCCACCUGGAAGACACGAACCAAUCAGAACAGUGAUGACAAAGGGAGUGGCUGGCAUCGGGAAAACAGUCUUAACACAGAAGUUCACUCUGGACUGGGCUGAAGACAAAGCCAACCAGAACAUCCACUUCCUGUUUCCGUUCACCUUCAGAGAGCUGAAUCUGCUGAAGGAGAAGUUCAGCUUGGUGGAACUUGUUCAUCACUUCUUUACUGAAACCAAAGAAAUCUGGAGCUUUGAAGAGUUCCAGGUUGCGUUCAUCUUUGAUGGUCUGGAUGAGUGUCGACUUCCUCUGGACUUCCACAACAAGGAGAUCCUGACUGAUGCUACAGAGUCCACCUCAGUGGAUGUUCUGCUGACAAACCUCAUCAGGGGGAACCUGCUUCCCUCUGCUCUCAUCUGGCUCACCACAAGACCUGCAGCAGCCAAUCAGAUCCCUCCUGAGUGUGUUCACAUGGUGACAGAGGUCAGAGGGUUCACUGACCCACAGAAGGAGGAGUACUUCAGGAAGAGAAUCAGAGAUGAGGAGAAGGCCAGCAGGAUCAUCUCCCACAUCAAGACAUCACGAAGCCUCCACAUCAUGUGUCACAUCCCAGUCUUCUGCUGGAUCACUGCUACAGUUCUGGAGGAUGUGUUGAAAAUCAGAAGAAAAGGACUUCCCAAGACCCUGACUGAGAUGUACAUCCACUUCCUGGUGGUUCAGACCAAAGUCAAGAAGGUCAAGUAUGAUGGAGGAGUCGAGACAGAUCCACACUGGAGUCCAGAGAGCAGGAAGAUGAUUGAGUCUCUGGGAAAACUGGCUUUUGAUCAGCUGGAGAAAGGAAACCUGAUCUUCUAUGAGUCAGACCUGACAGAGUGUGGCAUCGAUGUCAGAGCAGCCUCAGUGUACUCAGGAGUGUUCACACAGAUCUUUAGAGAGGAGAGAGGAGGACUGUACGAGGACAAGGUGUUCUGCUUCGUCCAUCUGAGCGUUCAGGAGUUUCUGGCUGCUCUUCACGUCCAUCUGACCUUCAGCAAGUCUGGAGUCAACUUGAUGGAAGAACAUCUAACAAACUCUGAGGUAUCUAGUGCUUUUAAGAAACCAACACUGGAGUGCCUCCACCAGAGUGCUGUGAACAAGGCCUUGGAGAGUCCAAAUGGACACCUGGACUUGUUCCUCCGGUUCCUCCUGGGUCUUUCACUGCAGACCAAUCAGACUCUCCUACAAGGCCUGCUGACACAGACAGGAAGUAGCUCACAGACCAAUCAGGACACAGUCCAGCACAUCAAGGAGAAGAUCAGUGAGAAUCAGUCCACGGAGAAAAGCAUCAACCUGUUCCACUGUCUGAAUGAACUGAAUGAUGUUUCUCUAGUGGAGGAGAUCCAACAGUCUCUGAGUUCAGGAAGUCUCUCCACAGAUAAACUGUCUCCUGCUCAGUGGUCCGCUCUGGCCUUCAUCUUACUGUCAUCAGGAAAAGAUCUGGAUGUGUUUGACCUGAAGAAAUACUCUGCUUCAGAGGAGGUUCUUCUGAGGCUGCUGCCAGUGGUCAAAGCCUCCAACAAAGCUCUACUGAGUGACUGCACCCUCUACCAGAGAAGCUGUGUAGCUCUGUCCUCAGUUCUCAGCUCCCAGUCCUCCAGUCUGAGAGACCUGGACCUGAGGAUCCAUGACUCAGGAGUAAAGCCACUUUCUGAUGGACUAAAGAGUCCAAACUGUCAACUCAAAACUCUCAGGCUGAGUUUGUGGGACCUCUCAGAGGGAAGUGUUGACGCCGUGUCAUCGUUAAUCAGCUCCCAGCGCUCCGGACUGAGAUGGCUGGACCUGAGUAACACCAACCUGAAAGAUCAUGGAAUCCAGCUAGUGUCUGUCGGACUACGGAGUCCACACUGUAAACUGGAAUGUCUCAGCCUGUCAGGUUGUCUGAUCACAGAGGAAGGCUGUGCUUCUCUGGCCUCGGCUCUGAGCUCCAACUCCUCCCAUCUGAGAGAGCUGGACCUGAGCUACAAUCAUCCAGGAGACUCAGGAGUGAAGCUGCUGUCAGCUGGACUGAAGGAUCCACACUGGAGACUGGACACUCUCAGGGUGGAGCCUGCUGGAGUCCGAUGGUUGACACCAGGUCUGAGGAAGU